AUGACUAUAACAUUUGUUCCUGGUGAGGUCAACAAAAGCUCAAGCUCAGCCAUAGAAGCAACUUGGAAAGAUCAUCAUAUAGUAGCUUAUGGUUCAGGUAAUAAUUUAAUAAUUUUAACUGCAAAAUUAACAAUUUCUCAAAAUGGUGAUAAAGUAAUAAGUAUUGAUAAAAAUUUACAAACUAUUUAUUUGGAAAAAGAUCUUUAUGCUAUUGGUAUUAAUUCAAAGAAUGGAUUUAUAACAAUUGCUUAUGAUUGUAAAUUAAUUAUUUUCAAACCAAUUGCAGAAUAUAUGAAAAUACCGAAAUGGGUUGAAAUUUAUCAAUUUAAUGUAACAUCUAAGAUAAAUUGUCUUGAAUGGGCGAUCGAGGAGGAUGAAUUAGUAAUUGGAUGUGAAGAUGAUUUGUUCCUUUAUCACAUUUAUGAAGAAUUUGGAGAAAUACAUGUAUAUAAACGAUGGGAAUAUAAACAACCAAACCCAGUAACUAAAAUAUGUAUAACACCAAAUUCAAAAUUAAUUUUAACUACAAGUGGAUGUUAUGAUAGAUUAAUAAAAGUAUGGACAAGAAUAAGUUAUGGAGAUGAAAAUACUUUAUUUGAAGUAAGUUAUCUACUGCAUUCAAGUUAUAUUAAAGAAUUUCAAUGGAGAAAGAAAUCAAAUAAUAAACAAUUACAACAAAAGGCAAUAGAUAGUUCAAUGGCUAAUAUUAAAAAGAUACGAAGUUAUAUAAAUUCAAUUGAUGAAAGUGAAGUGAUUUAUUCGUUUACAAAUAAUGAGUUCAAAGUAUGGGCUUCUUAUGAAACUAAUGGUCAUAAUCAUAUAAGUGAUUGGGCAACUUUAAAACUAGAAAAUGUGGAAAAUAUACUAAUAAUUGAAAAUUAUUAUUUACAAGAUACCCUAAUACCAAUACUAAGAAAUAACAACAACAAACUAUUUGAAGGAUUAAAUCUCAAUGAUUUGGAUUUAUUAUAUACAAUUUCAAAAAAUGGUAAAAUUCAAUUAUUUACAAUCACUAAUAUAUCACAAACACCACCAAAUAAUAUUAAAUUUAAAUUAAUAAAAGAAUUUCAAUUUGAAAUAUUACCAUAUUUGAAUCUACGAUGUAAUCAUGAUUUAACAAUAGAAUAUAUUCAAAGUGAAGAAUUUAUAACAAAUUAUUUAAAUCCAAUAAUUUUUAAAAAAAUUUGUAAAUUACCAAAAGUGCAGGCACUUUCAUUUUUAAUUCAUGAUAGAAUUAAAAAUACUUUAAGAUAUGAAAUAAUAAAUUUUAAAAAAUUACCCGGGGAAUCAGGUAUAACAUUAUUUAAUAAGUUUCAAGGUCAUAAUAAAUCAAUUAGAAAAUUAGUUAGAUCAAAUUCAUUAUAUUCAACUGAUAAUGUAUUAUUAUCCAUAUCAAAUUUUGGUCAAUAUAAUUUCAUAUGGGAACCAAUUAUUUUAGAAUAUGGUAUAAUUUCAAUAACAAAAAGAUUUCAAAUUAAUGUUGGAGAAAAUAAUCAAAUUUGGGAUUCUGCUAUAAUAAAUGAUAUUGAACCACCUAUUGGAAAUAAAAGGAGACAUUUAGUUAUUGUAUCUGAAAAAAUUGGUAAUAUAUCUCUUUGGAAUUGUGAUGGUAAUGUUAAUGAUGAUUUACCUGCUGAUUUGAUUGAAAAAGUUGAUUGUUCAAUUGUUCCUAAAGUAUUUGUUUUAACUGAAUGGCCAAAUGAUGAUCCUAAUAUCAAACAAUAUUGUGUUGUUGCUAUUUAUUCAAAGGACGAAAUUAAAUCAUGGAAACUUAUAUUGAAGUAUGAGAAUAAGAAAAUAAAAGAUAUCACAUUUGAAGAACAAAAAAUUUCAAGUUUACCUCAAGAUACUGAGAUUUUUCAAAUUGUUAGAGUUGAUGCAUUUUUAAAUUCACCAGAAAAGAGUUUAAUUGCAGUAAUUGAUGAAUCUGGUUAUUUUGAAAGUUAUACAUUAGAUUUUGAUAACAACAAUGAAGAACUUAAAUGGAUUUCAACAUAUUCUUUACAAACAAAUAUCAAAAAUUCUAAAAGAAUUAAUGGAUCAACAGUUACUGGGAAAUUAGCAAUAUUAGAUGAUACAGGUAAAAAAUUAACUAUAUGGGAUACAAAUCAAGGAGUAUUAGAAUAUGAGGAAACAUUUGAAGAAGAAGUUAAAGAUUUAGAUUGGACAUUUAUAAAUGCAACAACAAAUUUUAAAUCAACAACAAAUGCAAUUUAUUCAAUUGGAUUUAAACGUCAUGUUUUAUUAUAUACUCAAUUACGUUAUGAUUAUACUAAUAAUAUUCCAACUUAUGCAGCAAUUGAAAAAAUAGAUAUUUCUGAUUUUACAUCACAUGAAAUUGGAGAUUCAAUAUGGUUUGAUGAUGGAUAUUUAGUAAUUGGAAGUGGGAAUCAAUUUUUUAUUGAUGAUAGAUGGGUUAAAUUAGGUUCAAAAACUAUUGAUUCAACUAUAAGACAAUUAAUGAGUGGAUAUGAUCAAAACUCUAGUAGUAAUGAAGAAUCAAGAAUUGAUAAUCAAGAACAAGUUUAUGAUAUUUUUUAUUUAGUUAGAGUAUUAAAUGGUCCUUUACCUUUAUAUCAUCCUCAAUUUUUAAUUCAAGCAUUAUUUAUGAGUCAAAUUAAUAUUGUUCAUGAUAUUUUAAUAAAAUUAUUUCAAUUAUUAAGAACUGAUGAAAUUAUUACAUGGAAUUUAGGUAUUGAACUAGAUAAGAGUUCUUAUACAAGAAAAAGAAGAUUAUCAACUUAUAAAAUUGAUGUAUUUACAAAAUUUAAUGAUGAAUUAUCAAAAUUAUUAAUUGAUAAAUUAAUGAAAAUUUCAUUACCUUUAUUAACUAGACAUCAACAAAGUACUUUAAUAUCAGUUAUAUUAAUUGUUCAACAAUUAGGUAAAUUUUCAAUUGAUGAUAAUGGUAUAAGAUUUAUGAUUGGUUUUAAAUUAUUUCAAUUAUCUACAAAACAAAAAAGUUUAUCAAUGAGAGAUAUAAAUUGGGCAUUACAUUCAGAUAAUAAAGAAGUAUUAUUAAAUAGUAUUGAAGAUAAUUAUAAACAAAAAUUAUAUUGGGAAAAUGUUCGUAAAACAAAAUUAGUAUAUUGGAUUAAAACUCCAAGAUUAAUUAAAUUAAUUGAAUCAAUUGCAAGAAAUGAAUUUAGUGAAUCUCAAGAUCCUUCGGGCUUGGUAUCAUUAUUUUAUUUAGCAUUACGUAAAAAGCAAAUUUUAUUAGGAUUAUGGAAAAUUGUAAAUCAUCAAGAUAAAACCAAAAUGAUUAAAUUUUUAAAUAAUGAUUUUUCAACAAAUCGUUGGAAAUCAGCUGCUUUAAAAAAUGCUUUCGUUUUAUUAGGUAAACAUAGAUAUUUUGAUGCAGCUUAUUUUUUUUUAUUAGGUGAUAAACCUUUUGAUUGUUGUAGUAUAAUAGCAAAUAAAAUUGGUGAUAUAUCAUUAUCAAUAGCAAUUUCAAAAAUUUAUUGUGGUAGUUUAAAUAUAAACAAACAAUAUGAUGAAUGUUUAAUUAAUAUAAUUGAAAGAUUUAUAUUACCAAAAGCUAUUGAAAAUGGUGAUAGAUGGACUACAAGUUGGAUAUUUUGGCAAAUUGGUGAAAAACAAUUAAGUAUUCAAUCAUUAAUUAAAUCACCAAUUACAAUAAUUGAAGAAAAUCAGAAAAUUUUUUCAAAUUUAGAUUUAAAAAAUUUACAGUUGUCGAUCAAGAGUCAAUCAUUUUUAAAUGAUGAUCCAGUAUUAAUAUUAUUAUAUAAUGAAUUAAGAAAUCAUAAAAUUGAUUAUUUAAAAGGUUCUAAAAUGAUAAAUCCAAUAGAAGAAUUUGAAACAGUUAUAAAAGUUUCUAUGAUAUAUACAAGAAUGGGUUGUGAUUAUUUAGCUUUAUAUUUAUUAAAAAAUUGGUCAUUUCCUGAUUAUUCUACGGGUAAAGAAAUUAAUGGAAAUGGUAAAAUUAAAGAAGAAAAAGAUUAUGAUGAUGCGUUCAUGAAAAAUAUUUUGAAUAAAGAUGCUCCACCUGCUCAAGCUUUUGAAGAACCAGAUAUGAGUUCAUUCAAUUUUGGGUUUUAA